GUUGUGGAAAAAGCUUCAAAUCUUUUUAAAUUUUAUCAGACAUUUUAAUUAGAUUCUAUUCAUUGUCUAAGUAGUUUAAAUUGAAAGGCAAUGACUUGAGACAAUAUGAUGUCAUGUGUGCCAUUGAUGGUGAGAAGUAAGCUAGUAUUUUAUUUAAGAAUUAUGAUUAGUAGGCAAUAAUCUUAGACAUUGUAAUUUUUUUGAAAUUUCAUUGCUAUAUUUUAAAUUACCCAAUACUUGUUCUGCUAUAUCUUAACCUAAUAUCUAUUGACAGUAGCUCUACUAAUUAGACAUUCCCAUACAAUAAUUGAUCAUAGUUUCUUUUUUCAUAGAAAAUGAGCACUUUCUUCUGGCAACAUUGGUGAUUCCUCACAAAGCCUACUGAAGAAAAAUCAUGGCACUGAAGAAAAAAUAAUUGUUUACCCCAGCAUCCUUCUGAUUCAUUUAUAGAUAACGGAGUGCAAUGGGUAUUUGUAACUCCUGCUUUGGAAGCUCGUCUACAGACCUGACUGAUGAAGUUUCUGCUACAGAAAUGCGAGCAAAGCAACUAGCUGCUGCUGAGAAGAGGGCUCAGGAGAAUGCCAGCAGAGGUAUAGGCAAUCAAGCCAAAGUCCAGCAGUGGCAGAAACACCAAGAAAAUCUUGAAAAGCAGGAGAAAGCAGCAGCAGCUGCAGCAGGGGACAGAGAUAAUCCUUUGAAGUGGCAAGUGAACUGACCUGGCGACCUCUAGAUUUAGAAGCCUCCUUGAGGAAAACCUCCUCCGUCUUUUGUAUCUGGAUCUGAUUUCAAAGCUAAGCUCUUCAGGCGUCUGCACCUAAUUUAAUGGAGAAUUGAGGGAGAGAUUCAAAUUAAGCCUUUGGAUCUGAGGAAGCAUUCUCUCAUUCUUGACUCAAUGUUAGAUGAUUUGCAUUAACGCUUGCCAACUUUAUUGGAGAACCUUUGCUGAAGGCACAUAAUGUUAAUUUAAACUUUCAUAUCCUUUUAGUUUCGGUAGAAGUACCUUCCUUUCUAAUCAUGGGUACAUCUGAUAUCAUGUAUGGCCAGUUUUGAUGUUAGAAGUUGGGGAGAUAUCAAAGUGAAUUCUUUUUUUAUUUAUUCUGCUCUUAAGAGAGGUUUGCGCUAAUCCCAUAUCAAGUUGUUCAUUUUGUAACACGAGUGCCAAGAUGGUAUCUAAUUUUUUAUUUUUUGUCGAGCGGGUUUGGUCAAAAUGUACUAAGGCUAAGUUUCAAACCGGCAACUAAAUUUAAAUUAUUGAUCCUGUAAUUUAUAUGCCGAGACGCAGCUGAUUGUUCAGCGCUUGUUCAUUUUGUGAUUCCACGAGUCAUUACUCCUAGUCAGAAAUAGCCGUUCUUAAGGUAGAUUUUGUAAACUAUUUUAACUACUGUGAGACGCAGCUACAAGUCUCGAGUAUACACGAGUUGUUAACAGAUUACAAAAUAUUUCAACGUAGUAUAAUUAUCUUUAAUUCUUUACGUCUCACAAAAAUGAAUAUCAAUUCAUUGCUUACUAAAUUAAUUGAAUCUCUUAAGUUAUCUAUUCAUCUGUAAACAUUAACUUCAUAUUUGAAAAGUAUAUAGUGUUAGGCAUAACAAGCCAUCUUCCCGCUUGUGUCUAUGUCAGUCUUUGCAUAUUAUGUUACCUAGAUGAUUUGAGCUCUUGCAAGGCUGUUCAAGCCACGCAUAACGAUGCCUGUGUGCACUGAUGCCCUCCCGUGUUAUCGCCAAUCUCGCUGAAUUGAAGGCCAACAAAAAACGCUCUUUGCAGCAAUUCGCUUUCGACGUUUAUUUAUCCACAAUGCUCGCAGCACUGUCAAAAGAUGGACACGUUUGCUAUUUCAUUCCGUAAAGUUCCUCGGAUAAUCUGCUGAAGUAGAUAGCUGACUGAUGUAAAAUAUCGUCUUUAAUCACUUAUAGAGAACGUUUCCCACCCCCAGGCUUCUUUACUUUACCUUUAAGACACUGCAAUUCAAAGCAUAAAUUAUUUGUUGCAUUAUUCAUCUAAUGUAAUCUAUUUUUAGAUCUUUAACAUGCUGAGCUCAAAGGCUUCAAGGGAUGUAAGACUUGCAAAUAAAUUAUACAUGAACUAAUUAAAUCUCAAACCUUGAA